AUGCUGUCUUUUGUUUUUAGCCCUGAUUAUCUGAGAUCAGCUGAAAUGACUGAAGUGAUGAUGAACACCCCAACUAUGGAUGAGAUUGGGCUAAGCCCCCGCAAGGAUGGCCUGUCGUAUCAGAUCUUCCCCGAUCCCUCGGACUUCGACCGUUACUGUAAGCUGAAGGACCGCCUGCCCUCAAUUGUGGUGGAGCCGACGGAGGGUGACGUGGAGAGCGGUGAGCUGAGAUGGCCACCCGAAGAGUUCCUCGUGCAGGAGGAGGAGGAGGAAGAGGAAGAAAACUGUGAAGAUGCAAAGAAGGACAACAAGGAGCAAUAA